AUGACCCUGAAGCAGGCCAUGCGGCAGAAACGGCCAAGCCGCAAUUCAGAAGAAUCACAAGCGAUGGAUUUCCAUAGUCCACUUGCAGCUUGCAACUUGAAGCGAAUCCCACCUCGUAUCAUGGCAGCUACAAAGGCCAAUGAAACCCAGGAGUCAGGACAGAGAUACGGAAAGAAGGGAAACAAGAAGGAGAGGAAGGAUAAACAGACAGCGAGCCUGCCUGAUGUUGCGAGGAAUGUUUUCUCCGAUUUGCUCGCGCUGCACACUUCCAUUUCUUGGGAAUCCACCACCACCUUCGAAGUAUCCCCAUGUGUUCAUUUACAGAGGGCAAUUGCGGUGAUCCAACGGGACCUGCCGCCUAAAACCAGUUCAGCGUUCACAAGUACAAUCUUGAGCAAGGACCGGCCCACAAAUACUUUCCCAGGACAGGAGCGCGAUGCGGAGGCCACAAGAAAGAGCCAUGUGAAGAUUCAAGAACCUGCGGAGGAAGGUGCAUUGAAUUGGAACUCGGGUUGCUCAUUAUGGACUAGCGCCUUUGGCUCUCUGAGCCGGGCCUGGACCGUGCAUCCGGCCGAGGCCUUCUUACCUCAUCUCCCCCCGAUUUGGAUCUGUUCCUGCCUUCUGCGCUUCGCCAGAGUGGACGCGGGAGACUGGACGAAAUGCGGAGAUGUGGAGCUGAAAGGCGGUCAGGGUCGGGUCAUCAAUUGCCUCCCGUCCAUCAUUUCUGAUUCUACAAUUUGGACAUAA